GCGUCCAAACACUUGAGGACUUUAGGGUUCUGCGUUCUUCCUUUCAUUUUUCAUUUUUGGUUCCAUUUCAGAGAUCAGUAGCUUGAGUACUUCGCAUUUUUACUCUUUGGUUUUGCAUUAUGUUUUUGACAAGAAUAUUCGGAAGGACACUCCUUGCAGCUGCAAAAUCAGAAACUUCUGCUGCAGGUGCCGCAGCUGCAAGUACUCUACGAACAGCACAAAAUCCUCUCGAAGAGUUUUUCGAGAUUGAUAGAAACCCCGAAGAGGAAAAACCUGUUGUCUAUGGACGUAGUUGGAAGGCUUCUGAAUUGCGUCUUAAAUCUUGGGAUGAUCUACACAAGCUAUGGUACGUGUUGUUGAAGGAAAAGAACAUGCUUAUGACCCAACGCCAGAUGCUUCAUGCUCAAAAUCUGCGGUUUCCUAACCCAGAGCGUCUACCCAAGGUAAGGAAAUCAAUGUGCAGAAUUAAGCAUGUACUGACUGAAAGAGCAAUUGAAGAUCCAGAUCCUAGGAGGACUGCUGAGAUGAAGAGAAUGAUAAAUGCUUUAUGAUGUGACUUAUGUGUAGGUAUGCUAUCGAUAGAAGUGGACACUGCUUGUCGAUUAGUAUUUGUAAUUUUUAUCAUAAUCUCAGGAUUUCUGUAGUGUGGUUAUGGCUCUGUGGUCCAGCUGUAGUUGGGUUCUGGUUUGGUCUGGUCCUGUCUUCUUGUUUCUGUUAGCAUGUUACUUCAUCCCUUUAUGAUAAGUGAUCAUUUUAAUACAAACCUCUUGAACAUGUUCGACUUCAAUAAACGUUUUUGAGCUUAUUUAA